AUGAGCAAAGUUCCUUCUUCGCCUUCAUCUCCUCCGCCCGUCAGCAGUGGAUGGUCUAGUCUAAACUUUGUCUCUCCUAGUCCUCCAGAGUCCCUCAUCUGUCCUAUCUGCCUUAGCGUACUGAAAGACCCUUAUAUCACUGAUUGCUGUGGCAACCACUUUUGUCAUUACUGCAUAGACCGGGUAGAAACAUGUCCUCUCUGUAGAAAAACUAACUUUAAGAUAUUCCCAAACUUGGAGAAGAAGAGAGAAGUCUCUUCGAUCCCUGUGUAUUGCAUUCAUAGAGAGAAAGGUUGCGGAUGGAGUGGACCUCUUGGUCGUCUAUUUGAAACUCAUUUACCAAUGGAGUGUCAGUUUGUACCAAGACCAUGCCCAUAUAAUUGUGGUGCCUCUUUACUGCCAAUCGAUGUGGGAGCUCAUGAAGAUUCAUGCCCUAAAGUCACGUUGGAUGCACUUGUGCAUAAAAUGAAAGCAGAACAAAUUAACCUCGGGAUUAGCAUGAUGGGUUUCAUUGGUAGACUGGCGCCUUUAGUGGAGGAGGUUGCCAUUUUGAAGGAGGAGAAUAAAGGAUUGAGGGAAGAGAUGGGGAAAGUACGAGAUGGGCUAAAGGCUGAGAUUGUUAAAGUUCUAGAGUCACAGGACGAGAUACGAUUACAGCUAGUCGAGAGUAGAGGGCGUGCGGACAUAUUGGAGAGAGAAAACAGUAAAAUGGCUAAAAGAAUUGACGAACUGAGUAAAAAAUUGGAAGCUACUCAAGCAGCUGGUACAUCGUUGAAUAUUCAAGAACAUAGUAUUGAUGGCCCCGCCCAAUCAAUUUCAGAAUUGGAAUCAAAACUUAAUCUAAUGACCUUAACAUGUACCUCUGUCCCUCCUCUUACCCUCGUCCUCUCUGGUUUCUAUGGUUACAAAACUAGUGGAACAUGGUGGCAGAGUCGGCCAUUUUAUUCCCACCCGUGCGGGUACAAGUUUCGAAUGGAAGUCAAACCCUCUGGGAGUGGGAGUGGCUCCGGAACUCACAUCUCCGUGUAUGUUCACGUGAUGAAAGGGGAGUUCGACGAAAAAUUAAAAUGGCCGCUCAACGCCGUUGUUAAUUUUCGCCUAAUUGACCAAUCUCCAGCGAAUAGACAUUUCGAAAGUAAAGUUUCUUUUAGUAGUGAGAAUGAGGCGUCCAAUCGUGUCACUGGGGACCGUAUAGCGGGAACUGGGCGUGGCUAUUCUCAGUUCCUCCCACUUGUACAGGUGAUAGGAGGGGCGGAGGGUGUGGCUGCCGGUGGGAGUGGCAUCGCACUGGCUCAGUUCCUUAAAGGUGAUACUAUUGUUUUUGAAAUAGUUCAAAUUACUUGCAAAUAA